GUCACUUGUGAGGUUUGGUUGCAGAGUGCACCCAUAACACCGCUAAACUGCUGGACUGGAGCCGCGAUUUGUAGCGGGGCAGGGGAGAGAAGAGGCCGGGAGACGGCUGGCAGCGGGGCAGAGGACAACAUAAGGCAGAGUAAUGUCGGUCACCAAUGAUGAUGACAUCCCACAGGUGGAGAGAAAGACAGUGACUGAUUUCUGCUACUUGCUGGAUAAGUCCAAGCAGCUCUUCAAUGGUCUGAGGGAUUUGCCCCAGUACGGGCAGAAGCAAUGGCAAUCGUACUUUGGGAGGACUUUUGAUGUUUAUACAAAGCUCUGGAAGUUUCAACAGCAGCACAGACAGGUCCUGGAUAACCGAUACGGUCUCAAACGUUGGCAGAUUGGAGAAAUAGCCUCAAAAAUUGGACAGCUCUACUACCAUUAUUACCUUCGUACAUCAGAGACCAGUUACCUUAAUGAAGCUUUCUCCUUUUAUUCAGCAAUCAGACAGCGCUCCUACUACUCUCAGGUCACCAAGGAGGACAGGCCUGAGUUGGUGGUGAAGAAGCUGCGUUAUUAUGCCCGCUUCAUUGUCGUCUGCCUCUUACUUAAUAAAAUGGAUGUUGUUAAGGAUCUAGUCAAGGAACUUUCAGAUGAGAUUGAAGACUACACACACCGCUUCAACACAGAAGAUCAGCUGGAGUGGAAUCUUGUUCUUCAAGAAGUUGCAGCGUUCAUUGAGGCAGACCCUGUCAUGGUGCUGAAUGAUGACAAUACCAUUGUGACCAUCUCCAACAGGUUGACGGAGAAUUCCGGGCCAGUGUUGGAGCAGGGUAUGGUGGUGGGUCAGUUGAUGCUCGCUGAUGCUCUAAUUAUUGGCAACUGUAAUAACCAGGUCAAGUUUAGUGAGCUAACUAUAGACAUGUUCCGGGUGCUACAAGCCUUGGAGAGGGAACCCAUGAACCUCACCUCUCAGAUGAAUAAACCAGGAUUACAGGACCCUGGAGAGAAGCCGACGAAAAGGGAGAACCCCCAUAAAUAUCUGCUGUACAAGCCAACCUUCAGCCAACUGUACACGUUCCUAGCGGCAUCUUUUAAGGAGCUGCCUGCAAACAGUGCCCUCCUGAUCUAUCUGUCUGCCACAGGAGUCUUCCCUACAGGUCGCUCUGACUAUGAAGGUCCGUAUGAUUUCGGAGGGGUGCUCACCAAUAGUAAUCGAGAUGUGGUGAACGGCGAUGCUUUGCACAAGCGGAACCAGACCUAUAAAGAGAUGCACUGCCUCCACCCAGGUGAUCUCUAUCCCUUCACCAGAAAACCCUUAUUUAUCAUUGUGGAUUCGUCCAACAGUGUGGCCUACAAGAACUUCACCAACUUGUUUGGACAGCCACUGGUCUGCCUGCUCUCUCCAACAUCAUAUCCAAAGGCUUUGCAAGAUCACUCACAGCGUGGCAGUCUCUUCACGUUAUUCUUGAAUAACCCGCUCAUGGCGUUUCUCUUCAUCUCUGGUCUAUCAAGCAUGCGCAAAGGACUCUGGGAGAAAUGUCAGGAACACCUCCGGAAAAUCAACCGAGACAUUGCUCAGCUGCUGACGCACUCGCGCUCCAUAGAUCAGGCUUUUCUUCAGUUUUUUGGCGAUGAAUUCCUGCGCUUGCUUCUUACACGAUUCAUAUUUUGUUCAGCCACUUUAAGGAUGCACAAAAGCUUUAGGGAAACGAGGAAUUACCCAGAAACGUACCCACCUCUGCCUCGGGACGAGAUGGUGGAAAACCUCCACCUUCAAAAACAGAUUUUGGAGUUGGCUUCAAUAUUAGAUGUCCGAAACUUGUUCCUGGAGAGCACCAUGGAUGAAUAUUAGCUGUAGCGCCCGUUUUACAUGGACAUUUGUGCAUCCAAAGCCACAAAAUAUGGAGAGGUGCAUAUUUUUUUUUUUUUUGUAAAAAUGCAAAUUGACCAUAGAGAUACAAAGUACUUGAUCUUUUUACUAUGUUAAUUCUAAGCCUUGGUUGUAGAGUGAGCACCUCUGGCAGAGAAGGUACGGAGAUAUAGUUUGUGUUUGCACUUUUCCCACCCUCCUAUAGUCGGUAGUGUGGCACCUAGUGCUUGUGUUCUUUGCUUGCAGGGCGGCGAGCCCCAGCUUACUGCGCAUGUUGUUAUGUGUUCUGUCCUGGAAUGACAAUCCCCUAGCAUGGAAAACAAAAAAAAAUCUCCUCUGUGAGGACAGAGGGGCAACGUGAAGUACUGCAACGCCCCGGAACAAUGUCCGUGAUACAGGAGUCUGUGUUUAAAGCAUUCAUUUACAUACAAGCCAUGGAUGGCAGGCCCCAGCGGCAUAUUCCGAAACCUCGGGACAGUUGUCUUGAAUUACUAAACAUGAGAACCGUGGUAGGGUUUAGAGACGAGGCUUUUCAUCUUUUCUGGUUUAAUUAAACACUGUAAGCGUGCCGAUGAGAACUUUGAGUACAAAGUAGUCAUCCCUUUUCACUCCGCACAACAGUAGGUCGGUUAUGACUUAAAGGGACAGAAAAGUUUCGGACAUCGUUGACUACCUUAGUUAUUGGAGACAUACGAUUACAAGACAUAAAGCGUCCAUUACGUAGUAAUGCUGUAUGUA